CUGGUGUGCUUGCCCACGUGGCCCACGAAGGCGGGUCUGUCUUGCAAGCCUCCUCUUGCUCCUGCUGCUGCUGCUGCCGCCGCGGAGUCGGUCCUUCUUGGCCCCGGAGCCGCGAUGGGCUCGCUGUUGCUGGACGUGGCCAACGGGAGCACCCUGCUGGCCUGCCUGGUGCUCAAGCUGCCCCAGGGCCUGGCCCUCCUGGCCGCCAAGUCCGCCCGGGGAGUCAGCCUCGAGAGCCUCCUCCUGGAGCUGGCCGGCUUCCUUGUAUGCCUGCGGUACAUGAAUUACUACAGCUAUCCCCUGCCAACGUAUGUAGAGUAUCCCAUCAUCAUUGUACAAGAUAUCAUUCUUUUGCUCUUUGUUCUACAUUACAAUGGCAAACUGAAGCAUGCUUUGCCUUACACAGCCAUAUUUGCGUCAGGGUGGUACAUGCUAACUCUGCAGAAAUGGAUAUUGGAUCUGACUAUGAACCUGAGCACUCUGAUCAGCGCAGCAAGUAAACUGGUGCAGCUCCGAUAUCUCUGGCAGACUAAGGAUUCUGGGCAAGUGAGUGCCACGACUUGGGGCUUAGCUAUCUACACAUGUGCAACAAGAAUAUAUACAACUUUAGUGACAACAAACGAUGCCACAGUUCUUAUCCGUUUCAUAGUCAUGUUGGCUCUGAAUACUUGGGUCCUGGCAACUGUGCUAUACUACAGGAAGACAACUAAGAAGACUGACUAAGAGCAAACUCUUCAGCCUCUUUCAACUAGUGUGGACCAAAAAGGAAGAAUGGAGUCUAAGAUAAAGGCCAAAAUAUAAUCUUCUUCAGAAUACUGACACUCCAUGCAGGAAGAAGUUUCUGAUAGUUUUGUAAAUAAAGAUGUCAGUAUGAAUAUAGGAGCGGAGUUUUGAAAUUUGAUGGGAUACAUAGCCAACAAGCAUUGCAUUAUGAGAAACCAUAAUUAAUGGAUAAUAUUUUCAGACUGAACUACUUAAGAACGUAUGUGUACUUGUAACUCCUCUGAGAUAUGUCUGGUCAGCAUUUCUAGACCAGUAUCUCAGGAUCUUUCCACGAAACAACAAUUCUUGCUGAAGUUGUUAGUAUAUUUCUCAAGACUCAUUUGUCAUAUUCAGAGCUGUUAUUGUGUACCAUGAAAGGAUGAGUGAUGCGUCAUCUUAGUGGAUGAUGGGGUUACAUCUUCUUGAAUAGAUGUUUUCAGUUAUUUUCCAUCUUAUCUGGGAAAAGAAUACCACAAUUGUAAAUGAAUUCAUAAUUCAAUCUUAUACUGUGUAUAAGCAGUAAGCACUCCUGGACUGAUGUCAUGUUGGACGGAGAAGUAAAUGAGAGCACCUCUUUUAGUAGCCUUUAUUGUUAUGCUUGCUUGAUAAAGCAAUUGUCUCUGUUGCUGGAAAGUUAAUUGUUCCUAAGUCCCAUUAACUACAAAAAAGAUUUAAGGUAUUGCUACUUUUUAUUGGAUUGGAGUCCUGUUUUAGAAGCAUUUUCCCCAUGCCAUUAUCUCUUUUGUUAAAGUCUAUGAAAGAAAUAAACAAUAUGCAUGCUUCCACAAAGGUUCUUUCAGAACGGCUUCAGAUAUAAGAAUGUUUCAGCUGAAACAUGAAUUGAGUCUUCUUAUAAUAGGGGUAGUAUGAAAAUCCCUGUGCUCCAUGCAUAAUCCUGUGUUCUGUUUCUCCAUCUGCCUCGCUGUAAACUUUGCAUAGAAUCUCAACUGCAAAUUUUGAUCACACCAACUCAAUUAGAGGACUACUUCUUCAGCUGGAAUGACAGCAUGUGUACCAGUACAUGUUUUUCAGCUGUUUUAUGAUCUUUUUGUACAAGCCAUGGAAAUGGUUAUGGAUAAAAAAGCCCACCAUGCAAAUAAAAGGUUUUUCUAUAUUAAA